UCUAACAGAGGAGGAGAGCAGGGACUGCAGAGACACCAGAAGAGUUUCUGAGUCAAGUCUUUCUUUCUUGUUAGUAAUGAAGUUUUCUGUUGUGCAAGUUUUUACUGCACUGAUACACAAGAGGAUUAUUUUACCUGUCAGACCAUCUCUGACGACGUGAUCCGACAUUCAUCUACCUCAGCAGCUUCUGUUUGGAAGCAGAUUCCAGCCGGCACUCUACCUCUAACAUCCUCCCUCCAACAUGAGCGAUGACAGGGAGAGACACUGGCCCGAAGAGCGCUGGAGCCAGAGCCAGAGCCACGGAGCCAGACAGGCCCCCAACGUGAAACCCAAACUCGGCCAGAAAGAGAAGAACAGCAAGGAGAACCAGUGGAAGAGGGCGAGCACUCCGAAAGUGAGGCGAUCCAGGAGCACCGACUCAGAGAGGGUGGAUAGAGGGAGGAGGAGAGAAAGAGACAGGCAGCAGGGAGAGAGGAGACAGCGCGGGAGGAGUGAGGAGGCCCGGAGACGAGACAGGAGAGAGGGGGACAGCGACCGGAGGAAGGUGAAGCCCCCUGAGGAUGAUGUGGAGGACACUGAGUGCGCUGUGUGCUUCUGCUCCUACGACAACGUCUUCAAGACCCCGAAGCUGCUGGCGUGCGGGCACACCUUCUGCCUGGAGUGCCUCGCUCGCAUCAACGUGACCUCCCCUGAGCUCAAGGCCCUGUCCUGCCCCGUGUGUCGUGAGCUGACUGAGCUCCCCCACGGCCAGGACCUGCCCCGCCUGGGCAACAAUGAGGGCAUCAUAGGCAAACUCCCGCCCGACAUGCAGAGGGCACUGUCCAUCCGCUUCAAGCGCAGAAAGGGCAAACUGGUCCUGAAGAACCCACCUCCCACCAGCCCCACCAAGUCUACUGUCCUCGCCCUGCCCAAGAAGAGUCAGGAUGCGCAGGUGACCGCAGGUGGUGACCUCCACCUGAGUGCAGUGGAGCAGGGAAUAGUGCCGACCACUGUGGUGGACGUGGGCAGGCCUCCAAACAGGGUGAGAGGUCGCCUGCGCAGGUUGUUCCGCUCGGACCAGUGCUACUACGCCGUGGUGGCGUCCAUCAUCACCAUCACUGUGGCCCUCAUGCUGGUGGGGAUUCUGGCCUUUGUGAUCAUACCGAACGUGAUCCAGCGGAGGCCUGUUCCGACACUGAACCAAACAUUCGUCGGUACCCAAGUAACCGGAGGUAGACUCACAACACCCUGAAGGGGGCAGGGCCGAUCACGCAAAGACUUGUUGUGGUUCUCAGUGAUACUUGUGCCUCCCUUUUUUUCCCUCUUGGUGAGUAAUGGUGAAGGAAGGAAACAAACUAAGCACUGGGACACGUUCGAGCUGGUUCACCUGCAGUGACGUGAAGAAAUGAAGGAAAACAAGGACAGCAACUUUUUUUUUUUUAAACAUGGGACAGACGGACACACACAGGGCAAACACACAUGUUUUGUUUUUUGUUUUUUUGUUACCUUUGUGUUCUUUUCUGAGCAUGUUUGUGAUUACUGUGAAAACCAGAAAGAAAUUCUGUGUGUAAAAACAAAAAGAAAAGAAAACUGCUCAUAAUGCUGAAUAAGCUGUAAAUGUUGAAAUGCACUAAAUCUUUUGAUUGCAUCAGUCUGAGCUCAAUAACCACUUCAGGGUUUCUAGAUCUUAUGUGUUUAUAGAGCAGCUCACUGUACAUAGCCAGAGAUGAUUUAUAUAUUUGUAAAUAUUUUCUCUUUUCCCUCGUAAGAACUGACUUCCCCGUCGUAUCAUCAAAUAAAGCCUUGUUUGAGACACUGAAAACUCCUCGCUCAGGAUUUCCAAAACACGUGAUGACAAUUCUAUUUCAAUAAGAUAAUCUGGAUUUUUUUAAAAAUAUCAUUUGGAAAUUAAA